AGCCCACGUAGCAGUAGAGACAAUAUGGCUGCCGCAACGACAGCAUUUAUCAUUGCGGUACAUUUGAUAUAUUUAGCUUAAAAUGACUGUUAUAUUUUAUCUAUGAAGUUGUCAGUAUCUUCUUGGGUGUAUUAAAUUUUUUUUCAUUUAUUCGAUUUCAUUUAAACUUUCGCUUUUGGGGGGGAAGCCGAUAGUUUAUCUCAGCUGACAACACCGUUUUCUCUCCGUCUUUCAUUAAACAAAUACUAACCAGAAGUUCAAUAUUGGCAAACUUUUUACUUUUACACGCAAGUAAAAGGAGACGAUAAUUAAUUAACUAGAGAGAAAACAAUAUAUACAUACUAGGGAAAUCGUCUAUCAGAAUGUCUCAGCCAGUAGCACCUUGGAAUCCAGAUAAUUACGGGAACCAGUCUGGCAGUGUUGGACCAGUGACAUUUUAUAAUCCUGCUGAAUUUCAAAAUAAUGUUCCAAGCAACCAGUUUGCUGGUACUUCAUUCCAACCAUUGCCUGAAGGUAAUACAGUGUCUACUAUUACAGACCAACCAAUAACUACUGCCGAAUGUAAUAUUAGUAAUCAACAAGCUCAGUUACAAACUGUAGCUCCUACAAUAUUUCAGCCAUCUAAUUGUAACAAUGUUCAGCCUGCUAACCAGGUGCCACCCGAUAAAGAUUCUUUGAACCAGCUAAAUGCAUCUACAGAUAGCAAUAAUACUGUUAAUGGCACGUGGGACCCAAACCCUGCAUGGGGAGACCAUUCAAGUUCUUUCUUUGGUAACCAGUUCACUGGAAUGGGGCAGUAUCAUGAACACAACGUUAGUUCUGUAAACAGUGUUGGAAAUGAUUCCCAUGGAAAUAAUAUUUCUGGUCAUGAACAAAUUUCAACAGGUACAAUUCAGUAUUUUGACCAAAAUCAGAACUUGCCAGCUGGAAUGAAUCAGGAUUUAUCAGGUGAACAAAUGUGGCCAAAUAUACUAUCACCAAACACACAACAGUGGCCUAGUGAUACUUCUAAUAAUGUUCUUCCGCAGACCUAUUUUUCAUCAGAUUCUAGUAAUUCACAACCAACCAACCAGUCUAACUAUUCUGCAUAUCAGAGCCCUUCACCCAUGUUGUUAUCUACACCUGUUCAAGACCCCAGUUCAUCUCUUCAAACUCCAGGACAAAAAAUAAUAGCGACAACAGAAUCAAGAUAUUUUUCUCAAACACCUGAUAAUAAUCAAGCUGUUCAUUCUCAGAAUAGCUGGCCUCAAGUUUCUAAUAUAGCUGUUAGUAAACCUCUAGAAGCAUGUGAGCAGCAAACAACUGCUGCUGCAUUUUUUAAUCAGAGUAAUACUGGUUUAGAUAACUCUCUGUGGGAGCCCACAAAAAACUUGUCAAAUUCUAAUCCACCAGUUGGGGUUUUUCAACCACAAAAUUAUCCAGUUUUAAUGAAAAAUGACUCCUAUCCAGAACCGAAUUCUGUACCUGUUACAGCAACUCUCUCAAACCAGACAGUUGCUGAAAAUUUAAAUACAUCAGUUGCACAAGCUUUUUCUGUUGGUAACAAAUCACAGUCUAUUGGGAACAGUGUACAAAAUAGUGCUGCUAGUGUUGCAGAAGUUAGUAAUAAAUUUAAUGAAAUUUCACUAAAUGCAUUGUCUGAGGAUUCUGUUCCAACAUCAACUGAGGCUGCUAGUUUUGUUCAACAAAAUCAUCAGCAGCAGCAUUUGCCUUUGGAUUCCAUAACGAAUGUCAACUUGCAUGAUUCAUUCAUCACUGAAAAUAAAAGCUCAAACUCAAAUGACUGCAGUCAGUACAUGAAACAUGGCUUACCACAGUCCACAGAGACUCCUGACCAGGAGUUCAUUAAUAACUGUAAAGAACAUGCUAAUACUUCUAGUCAGGUUCAUCCAAUUACAAAUGCAAUUGUACUUGAUAGCUUUAAUACAGAGAAUUCAAAUUUUCAAAAUGAACAUUUUUCUUUUCCUCAGCUUGCACCGUCCUCUACAAUUAAGGAGACUUCAAAUCAAGAUGUGAUACCAAAACCAGCUGAACGGCAUCAUAAUUAUGACCCCCAGAAUGAAAUAGUGGCAGCCCCAACUCCGCCUUUGGAGGAGUUGGAUCAGCUCAAAGAAAGUAUGAAACAGAUUCCUAAUACUUCCAAUAUUAAUAAUACAUUUGAAUCAGUUGCUAACUCUAAGAAAGAAAUGACAACAAAAUUUGGCUCAGAGCAAACUACAUCUUUGAGAAAGGACCAUAUGCUAAACGUUUUUGUAAGUGAAAUUCAGCCAAGAGAAUCUAGCCCAUUCCAGCCCCCUCCUCCAAGGCAAAAUUCUGUAGAAGGAAAUCGUCCACAAUCCAUCUCCAGAGGAAGUUCUCAAGAGAGUAGUCGAAGUUUGCGAAGCAGUGUUCAUGGAGAAUCCAGUUCUAAAGGAAAUCAGAGCCUUAGAGGAAGUGCAAAUAAAAGUGAUCCAUCUCUUCAAGACUGUUGGUCAAAUUCUGGUGUUCAGUCAUUUUUACGACAAGGAUCACAGGAGAGCAUUCGAUCUGUAGAAUCCAGUACGUCACGACCCUCUAUGGAACAGAUUGAAGAACGUGCUAAAGACACAAAGAGUCUUAUGCCACCACCAAAAAAUGUAAACCGACAUGAUCAAACCUCUGCAGCAAUCAGGGCCAAUGCAGUUGAUGCAGCUCGUUUACAAGACUGCAUGUCACCUAUGACCACAUUAUGGGAUAAUCCCCAGAUAUCAUCAAGUGGCAUAAUUCUUGUGCCCAGCAUGCCUGUGGUCAGUUCUGAAAGUUCUACAGCUUUUUCUCUUGUGGCUAAAGGAUCUAGUACUACUUCAGGAAACAAAAAUAUCACUGCAGAAACUUCUGUUGCAAGUAAGCUCUCUUUGGAUGCCACUAAUGACACAACUAACAACAGCAGCGACAAAUUGGACAGUUCCCAACCUUUGACAUCAACUCCAAACUCUUCAAAAACUGCUACUAGUAAUCAUGAUAGUUCUCCAAUAAAACCGGAGUUUAAAAACUCCCCACAACAAUAUGAAGAAGGCCAUACAAAAAAAGACUUUCAUGGAUCUCAUGACCCUCACAGUUCUUGGAGUGUUCAUGAUGCAAGAUUUCCACAGAACUCACAAGAUCGUCCUGAUUUCAGAGGCUCUCGUGACUCUUUGGAUAUCCGGGAUUCAAAAGGUUAUCGAGAUCAUGACUUUCAUGGGUCUAGAGAAUCUUUAGAUUUGCGAGAUUCUAAACAUUCUCGUGAUUACCGAGAUCGUGAGCCAGUGGAUUUUAGAGGUUCAAAAGGAAGAGACAGGGAUUACCGUCAUCCUCGAGAAUAUGAUUAUGAUUAUCGAAUGCGUUAUCACAAGAAUCCACGAUAUGACGUUUACUAUGAUCGACCUUUGAGUCGAUCUGAAUUUGAACGUUAUGGAGAAUACAACAGUUACUACCGUGAUGAAGAACAUCAUGAAUCAUAUGAAAGGCCACGUUCUAGGCAGGCUGUUCCACCAGAUGAAAAUGAUGAUACCGAUUCCCGUUCUGAGCGUCCUUCGUCUCGACUUGAUUAUAGCCGUUAUGACAGAGAGUAUUAUAGUAGGCACAAGGAUCCGUAUGGCCGCAGGUAUCAUAGGAAAGAUUAUGACCCAAGUUAUUAUAGAAAUGCAGCCUACUAUAACUACUAUCGAGACCGUUAUGGACGAGGAUACUAUGAUGAUGCAGAAUCCUACUAUAACCGCUACUAUCAAGAUAAAGCAAGGUAUGAGGAGUACUUUGGUGCUGGUAGUUACGAUGACUAUGAAAAUUAUAGUCGUCCAAGUCGAGAGCAAUCUCGUACACACACCCCAUUACAAGAACCCUCGUCUCGAGGACCUAUUGUUCCUGGUCAGUAUAGCUCUCUUCCAGAAAUGUAUGACUAUGAGGCCUAUUACAAUUACUAUGAAACUGCAGACUGGCCAACACCUGAAGAAACUUCAGGUCGAAUGACCCCUGCAAAGUUUUUUACAACUCAUACUUGUGCUGUGUUUGGCCCAAGUGGCCAACUUAUCCAUGUGCCUGCAAACUUACCGUCUGAUGGUCAGCCAGCUACAGUUGAAAUCAUGAGUGUAGAAAAUGUUUUGGCAGACCAAAAAGAAGCUGAAGAACUACACAGUUUCCCAGGACCUUUAAUAAGAGGAGAAACCCACAAGAAUGAUGUGUUACUAUUUUGUCAAUCUAAAGUGAAAGAGUAUGGUGAAAAUAUCAGAAUGACUGAUAGAGAAUCUGCAAUUUUAUUGUGGAAAUUUCUUGAGCUUCUUAUUAAACAAAAUGGCACAAUUGUUGGAACAGAUAUUGCAGAUUUACUUCUUGAAGAUCAUGUACCAAAUACAUCUGAUUAUGGAGACGGUGAAUCUAAAGCGGAGAGUGAAAGAGAAAGUACCCAGUCUCCAGCAACACAAGAGAACAGUGCUCUCCAAAUGACAACUACCUCAGAUAGAGUUUUAGUAAACCGCAGCAUGGACCUGAAUGAAAAAACUGAUCGGUUUAGAAAUCUUUUACUGUAUGGUAGGAAAAAGGAAGCUUUACGAUGGGCAACAAAAAAUAAUCUUUGGGGUCAUGCCUUGUUUUUAGCCAGUAAAAUGGAUAACAGAACACAUGCAGAAAUUAUGACAAAGUUUGCUAACAGUGCUAUUAAAAUGAAUGAUCCCCUGCAGACUUUGUAUCAGCUUAUGUCAGGUCGGCAACCUGCUUCUGUUACUAGUCUUUGUGAUGAUGCUUGGGGUGAUUGGCGGCCCCAUUUAGCUAUGAUGCUGUCUAAUCAUUCCAUGAGACCUGAUCAUGACAAGAAGAGUAUCAUUACCUUAGGUGAUACUUUAGCUGCUAAGGGCUUUCUUCAUGCCAGUCAUUUCUGUUAUUUGAUGGCACAAGUUCACUUUGGCACUUACUCAAAAAAGACAUCAAAGAUUGUCCUCAUUGGUUCAUCUCACAGUUUAUCUUUGAAAGAGUUUGCAACCAAUGAAGCCAUUCAAUGCACUGAAAUAUUUGAAUAUGCCCAGUCUUUGGGGAACCCUCACUAUUUUUUACCUUCUUUUCAACCAUACAAAUUAUUAUAUGCCUGUCGCCUAGCAGAGUAUGGAUUGACCCAAGAGGCAUUGCAUUACUGUGAAGUGAUAACAUUAUCUGUGAUAAGUAACCCAGUUUACUAUCAGUUAACUGUGGUUAAGGUGCUAAAUGAGAUCUCCAAUCGCCUGAAGUGUUAUGAUCCUCAGCAUUUACAGCAAGGAGAUAUGUCUGAUCCAGUUUGGUUACAACAGUUGGGAAACAUCUGUAAAAACUUUGAAGAAGGCGCAAUACAGCCAUUAUCUGGUUCUGCUACACCAUUAGGACCCCAAACAACGGCAACUAGCAGUGAAAGUGGAGAAGUGGCAAAUUACCUAAAUAAUAUGCAAGAUUCUUUGGUGUCUGGCUAUUCACAAGGAGCAAUGGGAAGUUAUAUUCAAGAUCCACAAUGGGGUGCACCUAGUAUCUCAGCCGAGGCUGGUUACAGUGGAGAGCAACAUCAACAUCAGCCUUUUCUUGAACAGCAUUUAUCUAAUAAUAAUUAUUUUAACAAUUCAGUUAGUGCACAACAACACUCUCAGCAACAAGUACUACAACAUCAACAGCAAUAUCAGCAACAACUAAAUGGUCAACAGCAGUUUCAUGGAAAUGCUGAAUAUUCCUAUAAUUAUACACAACAACAACAACAACAACAACAACAACAACAGCCACAAGAAUCUAUGUAUAACUAUCAAGAAGAAACAGAUGGACUUCAGAAUUCAAAUUAUCACCAGAAUGCCCCUCAAGAGACAGUUGGAUCUGAUGCCCAUCUUGGAGCUCGAAAUAAUACAAGUGAUAAUCAAGCAUUUGGCAGUCAAGAACAGCAGGUUUCAGCCAUAUCUGGGACACAGUCUUGGGAAAAGCCUUUACAUCCACCCCAAGCUCAAAAUAUAACCCAAGGAUCUAAUUUACAUUCUGAAGAAGGAGUAUCUGGAGAUCAAGUAGCUUCUUCAACAACUGAAACUACUAAUUCUGAAGGAGGUGGAUUUGAUUAUUUUGGAAGCAGUACACACAAGCCUAUCAUUGCACCAACACGUUACGGGAAUAAUCGCCAGCGCACAAUAUCAGAAAGCAGCAAUGUCAGUAAUGGCAGUGCCAAUAGUGUCAAAAUGGCAUCACCAAAGAAAACAAAUAAUGCUGCCAAACCCAAACCUGUAACUGGAGAGACCAAGGGUUGGUGGAAUAGUUUGAAUAUAUUCAGUCAACUUGGAAGGCAGAAGAAGAAUGAAAUGAUACUUCCUGAAGAUAAAAAUCCUGCUAUUGUGUGGGAUGCUGAAAGAAAGAAAUGGAUCAAUACAGGAGAGGACGAAGAACCAGAAGCUGAGACUGCUCCACCACCUAAGGAUAUAGAUCUAAAUAAACCAUCUAUUCCUGAAGCAGGUCCUCCACCGUCUACUGGGAAUAAGUUUGCCUUACCCAGGGCUCGAGGUACCAGACCCCAGUAUGUUGAUGUCAUGAAUCCUAAUGCUACAGCCCAAACUGUUCCAGAGAAUCUCUUCAAUGUAUUGCCUCCAACCUCUUCUGCAGCUCCAACUCAAAGUAUUUUUGUCCCUCCCGGUACAAGUAAUUUUAAUGAAACAAAUGCUUCCACUAACAACAGUCAAAAUGAGACAACUAACCAACAAGAGUUAUCAGAGCUGUCUAGAUCCAGCUCUAUGAGCUCCCUAUCUCAAGAAGUGCAGCAGUUGACCCUCAAACAACAGGCUGUACCAGUUUCUUCUGAUUCUACCAACCAAACACCAUCUGGUAGACCAAUGCUAUUUAACCCUGCAUCUUUCCAGAAACAGUCUCAACCCACAGCAGCAACUGGUGCUGGCUCUCGGUUGUCACAGCGUCGGAUCUAUCCAAAAUAAUGAUGGCUAAUAGAUAAUUACAGCAGAAACCAAAACAAGACCCAAAUCUGUUCAAUGGAUAUGGAAGUAACGACAAUUUCUCUAAAGAGGAAUAAUGAUUCCUUGCACACAUACUUCAGUGAAUACAUUUUGAUUCAGUCACUGAAAAAUCCUCAUGUUAAUGAACUGAAAUGAAAGCCAAAUAUACACAUGCAUAAAUUCGGAACCCUUCCCCCAACCACCACUAAACCUGUCUAAAAAGAUUUUAAUGUGUUUGUGUGUGUGUGUAUAUAUAUAUAUAUAUAUAUAUAUAUAUAUAUAUAUAUAUAUAUAUAUAUAUAUAA